AUGUCUUCCACACCAACCAGCACGCCCUCCCGCCGCCGCGCUGCGCCGGAAACCCCCGGUUCGGCGCGCUCCACGACCUCCACCGCGGGCGACCGCACCACCCUCCUCGACCGGACCGAAGAGCUCGAUCUCGCCAUCCACGAUUUGCGCCGGCAGAUCUCCGCCGAGCGCUCGCGGCGACACCGCCCUUCCACCUCCCUCACCCUUUCCUUCCUAGACCCCACGCUCACCGCUUCGUCCAUCAAAGCCACCCUGCUCGAAAAACUCCGCUCCAUGGACGACGAUGCGCUCACCUCGCUGCUCACCGCUUCCACCUCCGCUUUGGGUCGCUUUGUCGGCGGGGAGGUGGGCGAGGUGCUAGGUGAGAUGGUGCCGAGCAAGACCGUAGGUGUCGAGGGAGUUGGUAGUGCGAGUGAGAUGGAUCGACGAUUGGGUUCGAGUGAGGCAAAGGAAGCGUGGGUGCAGAUUCGACAGCAACGUCUCGCCUCACUCCUCUCGCACCUGUCCACAUUCACACUGUUGGAGAUCGACACUCUCACCACCACUUCGCCGAGCAGAGAUACCAGGCGGAUUCGGUUGAACGGAAACGUGGCGCGGCUGUACCCGCUCGACCUGUCCUUUGACGUCGUCGACUCUGGUCCGUCCCCACAAGUUCAGAAACUCACCGCCAAGCUCCCCCCUUGGUUGGUGAGCGCAUUGGACAACCCGCACAAACAGUACACAAAAGCGCUCAAGCGGAACGACCUCCCCUGUCUGCUCCUCAUGCUGCGUACCAUGGUGCCCCUAGCCGCGCUGCGAAGAAACCUCUUCGUGUGGUUGAUGCAGACGUACACCGCGUUGGCACGCGAUCACGUUCGAUCGUGGGAAACCGAGUACCGCGUCGACUUCACACCCUACCACCCUGGCGCCUCCUCCGGCACGGGUAGAAACAGAAAGGGGAUGGAUGAAAUUCUUGGUCGCUCCCUGCUCGAUCCUAUCGCAGCGGAGAGGUUCACACUCACCAACGCACGCGGCGCCCUGUUGACGGCCAAAUUUGCCAUUAGGUGGAAUCGGUUCGGCCACGCAUAUCCGGUGGUGAGCGCGGUGCCCGAUGUGCCGAGGGAUAUGGUGGGUGGAAGCGAGACGUUCUUGCGCGGAUUCGAGGAGGAGACGCUGCAUCUGUUGAGAGUUGCUAUCGACUCGAACGGGUUGAUUGGGCUGCCGGACCAGGAUGACGAGGAGGAGCUGGGGGAGGGCGUGGGGAGGUGGGGUGUGGGCGCGGCGCUAGCGGCGGUGAUCAAGGCUUUCUUCAGGCUGGACGAGGGGGCCGCGGGCGAGAGCGAGAGUGGGGACGAGUGA